ACAGGCGGACAGAAGGACCCCAAGCAGGACUGGCCUUCCAGACAGGAAAGAGGGUUGCGGAGACACAGGAGGCCAAUUUAGAGAGGCAGAGGAGAAAGGAGUUUCAUGGGAAGACAGGGCUUGGAGAGAGAUGAGGGAGGGAAACGGGGUCCGCCAUGCACCCUCAGCUUCCGGGGGACUUUGGAGAGGGUCGGGGCUCAGUGGGAGCCGGAGGUUGGUGAAGAGGACCCACCCAAGGGCUGCUUCGCUUGCGUGUCCAAGCCCCCCGCCCUGCAGGCUCCAGCGGCCCCUGCCCCUGAGCCCUCGGCCUCUCCCCCGAUGGCGCCCACACUGUUCCCCAUGGAGUCCAAGAGCAGCAAGACCGACAGCGUGCGGGCCCCCGGCGCGCCCCCGGCCUGCAAGCACCUAGCCGAGAAGAAGACGAUGACCAACCCCACGACCGUCAUCGAGGUCUACCCGGACACCACCGAGGUGAACGACUAUUACCUAUGGUCCAUCUUCAACUUCGUCUACCUCAACUUCUGCUGCCUGGGCUUCAUCGCCUUGGCCUACUCCCUCAAAGUGCGAGACAAGAAGCUUCUCAAUGACCUGAAUGGAGCCGUGGAGGAUGCAAAGACGGCCCGGCUGUUCAACAUCACCAGCUCUGCCCUGGCAGCCUCCUGCAUCAUCCUCGUCUUCAUCUUCCUGCGGUACCCCCUCACCGACUACUAAGGCCUGCCAGGCACGUCCGCUGGCGGAGACAAGCACUGAGACAUGUUUAUUCUCAUGGUCCCUGAAACGCAGGAUCCCAUGAGGUUGGGGCAGGGCAGAGCUUCUUGUCCUGGGGCUCCCUUGAGCUGUGAACCGGGCAGCAAGGCCAUCAGAAGCUGAGUACAGCAAGGGGGCAGUGAGCUUGGCCCUCAGCCCACCCUCUCCGCCUCCUGGCCUCCGCCCUGCCUGUGUCUGGGGCCUGGGGGCUUCUUCCCUGACUGCUGCACCCUGGCUUCCAGUGUCUGUGUCCCUGCCCUCACGUGCCCCUUCCCAGGCUCCUGGGGCUCCUUGGACCUGACACCUAGCGGGAAGGGCUUAGGCAAAAGUGUCCCAGGAUGGGACGACUCACUCUAUGCUCCCUGUCCCUGCCUCCUCCACGCUGUGACCCUGCUCAGAGCCCUCGUGUCUGUGAACUUUCAAUGAAAUACCCAUGCAGCUCCA